GCCUUAAACCCUCUUAGAACCCCAAAAGACGAUGGCUUUUGCCAGUGGCAGUUUCACUCCAAUCGUGACCAAUAGUUUGAUUGCUUCUCGUUUAUGGACCCCAAAUUGGAGAAAUGGGUUUUUUUCCCCUUUCAAUAUGGUGCACACAUUUGCCUCAUCUCGUAGCCGCCUGCUCAAGAACAAGAAUCACUACAAAAGAUUGGCCCUUUCAUCCUGCAGUAAAAGCUUCUGCUGUCAGUCCACUGCUUUGUCUGAUAUCAAUUCAACUUCUCACACUGUUUCUUCAAAUGGCCACCUUAGAUAUGGACGCUUGAUGCCAUGCCCUUUGCAGAACAGCCCACCUAGGGUUGAGCAUCUUGUCGUCACAAAAGAAGGACCUGUUGUAGAAUAUAUUUGUAAAGCUUUGGACCUCCCUCCAUUAUAUGUGGAAGACCUUAUACAGUUCGGAGCUGUGUAUUACGCACUUGUAUGUCCUAAGCCACCUCCGACUGCCAGUCCUGAGCAAAUUAAAGUGUAUGAAGAAGUUACAGAUCCAUCAGUUCUGAGAAAGAGAACUUCAAUCAAAGGGAAAACUGUACGUGAAGCUCAGAAAACUUUCAAAAUAACUCGUGCUGAUGAAAUUGUUGAAGCUGGAACGUAUUUGCGGGUGCAUGUACACCCUAAGCGCUUUCCAAGGUGCUAUGACAUUGACUGGAAAUCUCGUAUUAUUGCUGUAACCGACGACUAUGUGGUUCUGGAUAAACCUGCUGGUACAUCUGUAGGAGGAACUACAGAUAACAUUGAAGAAAGCUGUGCUACAUUUGCUACUCGAGCAUUAGGAUUUUCAGCUCCUCUGCUUACUACCCAUCAGAUUGACAAUUGCACUGAAGGAUGUGUUGUGCUGGCUCGGAGUAAGGAGUACUGUUCAGUAUUUCAUGGAAAAAUCAGGGAGAAGAAGGUCAGAAAGCUUUAUCUUGCUCUUGCUGCUGCUCCAGUUCCUAUCGGAAUACUUACACACUACAUGCGUCCUAUUAAUAUGGCCCCAAGACUUGUUUCUAGAGAUUUUGUGAAAGGAUGGUUGUUAUGCCAACUUGAGGUCUUAGAAUGCCAAAAGGUACCCUGGCCUAGUAGUGAAAUCCAGAGGACAUACAACCUUGAGGACUGUGGAUGGGCUUUGAAGGACUAUGCAUAUGAGUGUCAAAUCAACCUUCUAACUGGUCGGACUCAUCAGAUUCGAGCACAGUUAGCUGCAUGUAGUGCACCAGUGGUAGGUGACUCGAUGUAUAUGCCAGCUGCAAUUGCUGAAAUAGUCUGUCCUGGGAGUAAUCCAUUUGGGAAGAACAAAAAACUAUAUUCAAACGAAAAUGAUAAAUCACUUGCAAUAGACGAGUGGAUAGCACAACAUGGGAAGGAACCUAGUGUUGCUGUAGGUCUUCAGGCAUGCCAGAUCUCGUGGGACGAUGGCCAGCACUGUUAUGGUGCCAGAAUGCCCUGGUGGAGGUAGAUAAAGCUUGUGGCUAAUGUUUAAGCCUGGCUUCAUCAGAAUAAUGUGGCAGGCCUGACAAAUUCUUCUGCACAAGCUUUGUGUUGUAUGGUACCUCAGCUGGUGAUAGAAAGAGGAAGCUGGUCAUGAUGUCAGCAAGACAUCAUAUACUUAACUUAAAGAUGAUAGUCACUUCUUUAUGUAUCGACAGCAACUGCCUGUGCUGGGAUCAUAUUAUGAGCUUCAAGGAGAAGGCUCACUUACUGAUCUACCUUGUGUAGUUGUGGAGUAGUCUUGAACUAUGAAAAGGUGGGUAAUAUACCAGGAUGUUGAUGAGGAAUUCACGGACACAUUUCGGUCAUUUGAAGGUACCCCAUACCUUAUCCUACUCUCGGAGUUUCUAAAGCAAUGGUCUGCAGAUAAGGUAGUCUUCCCUUGACCAAGGAUCUUAUUGUAGUAGUAGAGCAUGUCUUCAGGGUCUCAUUUUGAGGAAUGUAAAUACAAUGUGCUGUCAUAAAUAGCAUUUUUGGCUGAUGUUGUAACACUAAUUUCGUGAAGACAAUGGAAAAAAUAGUGGCAGUGAGUUUGUUAUAAUAGUCCAUGCUUCUUGAA